AUGGAAGGACCUGACGAAAAUCCUUCAGAUGAAAGAGAUGUACACACACCCAGAAGUGAAGUUCCCGAAGUGACCGACACCAACGAAAAACCAAGAAAGCCAGGAUGUUCAGCUCGCAUAACAUUCAUUACCAUGGCCUCACUGGGAUUUUUCAACGUGUAUGCCAUGAGGGCGAACCUGAGUAUCGCCAUAAUUUCAAUGGUUCAGCCAAGAGGAGCUGCAGAAAACCACACAGCAGUCUGCAGCUUCGGAAAACUGCGAAAUAAGUCGGACGAAGUAGACGUGAAGGCAGCCGAGGGGGAAUUCGAUUGGGAUGAAGUAACGCAAGGUUUGAUUCUGGGCUCCUUUUUCUGGGGCUACAUGAUCACGCAAAUACCCGGAGGGAUUCUUGUCAAAAGGUAUGGAUCAAAAUGGGUGCUUGGGAUCGGAUGUUUACUGGCUGCUGUUGUCUCCGUGUUGACUCCGACUGCUGCUCGACAUUCAGUGUUCAUGCUCAUGGCAGCCCGAGUAUGCGAAGGAUUGGCCGAAGGUGUGACCUUUCCUGCGAUGCAUAGUCUCAUUGCGAAAUGGGCGCCACCAGCGCAACGGAGCACAUUUUCUGCGAUAAUUUACGGCGGAGCAACGGGUGGUUUGGUGUUUUCUAUGCCAGUUUCGGGUUUACUGGCGAGUUCCAGUGUGUUGGGCGGUUGGCCGUCGAUCUUCUAUGUCUUCGGACUCCUCGGAGUGACGUGGUUCAUAUUCUGGACCAUUUUGGUGUAUGAGGAUCCGGAAUCGCAUCCGUGGAUAUCUUCCUCGGAACGAAACUACAUCAAGGAUUCCAUCGGGACGCAAAUGCGGACUCAUAGCGAGAUGAAAAAACACGCUGUUCCGUAUCGUCGGAUAUUCACCUCAAUGCCGUUUUGGGCCAUUGUUGUGGGACACAGUGGUCAGAACUGGGGGUUCUACACGAUUCUAACUCAGCUGCCGAAUUACCUGAAGAACGUCAUGGGUUACGACGUCAGAACAAGUGGGAUAAUUUCAGCGGUUCCCUACCUCACGAUGUACAUCACGGGGAUAGUUGGAAGUUUCGUGGCCGAUGGAUUCACGAUUUCCGGAUUGAGUUUGUUGACGAUUGCUCACAUUGGAUGUCACUUGUGGGCUACUGUGGUUUUCUUCACCAUCGGAGUUGGAGCAAUUGGAAUGAAGCACAGUGGUUACGGAGUCAACCACAUCGACAUUUCUCCUAAUUUCGCUGGAAUUCUAAUAGGAUUCACAAAUUUUGCCGCAACGAUACCUGGAUUCGUUGCGCCAUACGUCACUGGCAUAAUCACAGAGGAUGAUGAAACCAUCGAAAACUGGGCCACGGUAUUCCUGAUCUGUGCUGCCGUAUUCAUUUUGAGUGCGUUGUUCUAUGGUAUCUUCGCUUCUGGAGAGGAACAGGAAUGGAAUCGUUGUGGUACUGAUGUGCAUGAGGGUGCUGUUAUUGUGGACUCGACCAAAAGGCAGGAAUCUGAAGAAAAAACAGGCGCGGUGUUACUGGCGACUGGAGAGGCUCUCGUCGUAAAUCUCAUGGAAUUGCGCAUGCCGGAUAGUUCUGUUUUUGUGAGCGACCGCGGCGUUCGAUAUCGUGAAAUCCGUUCUGAUGGAAUUACUGCCGCAAACCUGUGCAUCGUGUUGCGUGUGAUUGAACCUCAUUGUUUCUGUGGAAUGAAUCAGGUGCAAAAAAUGGAGCCGGAAGAAGUAUUCCAUAUGACGGAUGAAACGUUGGGACGCCCGGCGUUUUAUCGUAUACCGAAGACUAUCGGAAAUCCGAAGUCAAAACGAGACUCGAAGAAUGCUAAGAAGGACCCCUUUACUGGCAGAGCUCCAGUCUCAAAACAUUUGCUUGAAAAGCAUAAGAAGCCGACGGUUGAAAUGCGAGGACUCCAUGUGCCAGGACGGGUUCGUAAAGCGAAGAUAGCCCAGAAUCAGAAGAAGAUCAAAUUCGUUUCUGAACAAGCAGCUCGUUCAGAGCUGCUGCUGACUGAAACUGCAGGGUCUGUGGAUGUCGAUAGUGAUGAAGAGAGCUUCACGGUGCAUCAAUCUGACAUAAAGAAGGCUGUGGAUAUCACCUCGGCAAAGAAGGCUUUCGAUCUCGAUUUAACGCACUUCGGCCCGUACAGGAUGUGCUUCUCUCGUAAUGGAAGAUACUUGUUACUAGGGGGCCGGAAAGCCCAUGUCGCGGCACUUGAUUGGGUUACCAAGGAGCUGAAAUGUGAGAUAAACGUCAUGGAGACAGUUCAUGACGUCCGGUGGUUGCAUAAUGAAACCAUGUUCGCUGUUGCGCAGAAGGAUCACGUUUAUAUGUACGAUAAUGUUGGAGUAGAGUUGCAUUGCGUCAAACGCCUACACCGUUGUGUUUCGUUCUGGAGUCCGUGCGUGAACGAAGCUUUGGCAGUUGUGCUGGUGAGUCCGCAGCCUAUCAAGGACAUCGCAAUCGACCACACUGGGACUUACUUGGCAACGAGCUCGUCUGACAAUAUUAUGCGGAUCUGGGACGUGAGAACGUUCGGCAUUUUGCAUUCUUACAAACUUCCAGUCGCGCCGCGGAACUUGGCCUUUUCUCAGAAAGGCUUGUUGGCCUGCUCUGCGGGAAACGUAGUGGACAUAUACAAAGACUGUUGCACAGAAAAGGCUGAAACGCCGUAUUUGCGGCAUCGAGUACACCGAACCAUAAAUCAACUGGAGUUUCCGCCGUUCGAAGACGUGCUCGGUAUUACUCACUUCGGGGGAUUUUCAAGCAUUUUAGUCCCAGGCGCCGGAGAGGCCAAUUUCGAUGCCUACGAAAACAAUCCGUUCCAGAGCAAGAAGCAGCGGCAAGAAGCCGAAGUCAAAGCUCUGUUGGAGAAAAUACAGCCAGAGCUCAUCACUCUGGAUCCUGCUCAAGUGAUGAAAGUGGACACGGAUUCUUUGCGGCAAAACCUGGAGGAAAAACGAAAGAUUGCCUACGUGAGGCCUCGUGAAGUCGAGUUUGAACCGAGGAAGAAGGCGAAAUCCAAGGGUGGGUCCGCCAAACGGACGAAAGUGAAAAGUGGAGUGAAGGAACAGGAUAAACUGAUGCUUUUGAAGGAGGCGAAGCGUCUGGAGAAGAAAUCCGUCGAAAAGAAGGAAACCGUAGAGAAGAAAAAGCCCAUGAGCUUCCUUCUUAAGCUAGGUAACCGUUCUAAAUUCGGCUUCUGUGUCUUUGGAACUAUUAUCGCCAAAUAUUAUUUAACAACUAACAACCACACGCUAAAAAUUGUGGUGAUUUACCGCGCUUCGACUGCCACAAAGUCAUCAUCAGGCGAGGCAGUCAGGAAGCAUCCGUUUCAAAUGGAUGUAAGGGAAAAUGAUUCAUGUCUCCUUCUUUCCACGUCUCAGGCGGUUGUGGCGUAUCCGUUGAUUGCAAAAACGCUUAGGGAUCAUUUUAGUAAAGAGCCCAAAAAGCCGCAGGACACCGGCUGUCACCACAGGUGUGGUAUGAGUUUUUUCGCGCAAAAACAGAGCACCGGCUACGAUGAUCUGGAUGAGCUUACUCAGAGUCCGAAGGAUUUGAAGUUUACUUUUGAAAUUUUGAAAAUUGAAACCGAUUUGGAUUACGAAAAAGAAGGCUGGAUUAUGACUGACGAGGAGAAAUCCAAUAGCAUUGCGGGCCUGCGCGAUAAGGGCAAUACGCUUUACAAAAGCGGUGAUAUCGGCGGUGCGGCUGCGGUUUAUAGUGAAGCUCUCACCAGACUUGAUGCCCUGUCGAUAAAAGAAAAGCCUGGAGAUGAAGGUUUUCUAGAGCUGGAGCGCAAGAAGCUUCCAUUCCUGCUCAAUCUGGCACAGUGCAAACUCAUACAGAAGGAAUACUAUCCAGCCAUCGAGCUUUGUGGCAUGGCUAUCAACAUCGAUCCGAAAAACGUAAAGGCCCAUUUUCGGAGAGGUAAGGCGCACAUGGGAGCUUGGAAUCUGAAGGAAGCUCGGGACGAUUUCCGGAAAGCUGAAGAAAUGGAUAGUAACAUGAGUGCCACCAUCAAGCAGUUGCUAGCCCAAACUUCGCAGCUAGAAAAGGAAAAGAAUGAGGAAGAUCGAAGGAAAUUAGGAGGAUUGUUUACUAAAACCUGAUUUGUGUGAUAUUCACGCUGUAUGUAGUAUUAAUUGUUGCUCUGACUAGUCGGCGUUGUCUUUUCGCGACGUGUAAGCUGAACACAUUCACUGGCGAUUUGUCUCCGUGUCGAUGUAGCCAUAAUGCCGUUUUUUUAAUUUUUUGUGGUAAUUUUUGACACCUUCGAAAGAGUGAGUGCUUAUUUCCUUGUGGAGUGCUGGAUUCGAUUUGGGUUUUUUCGAUGGCAAUUUUGCAUAAACGCCAUGUCAUCUUGGCAGAGGUCGAUUGUGUGUUUAUUAUUGAAGAGCGUUGGUAGCCUGCGUUAAAUCGUGGCUCUAGCGUGUGAAAUGCUGUUCUGUGUUUUUCAGCUUGACAAAGAACGUGAUUAUGGUCGCUUGAAUGUUUCCUUGCUGAUUUGCGAAAAAAUAGUGUUCCUUGAUAAAUACAGGCGAAGGUUCGACUAAUUCCCA